UACGGAACCGGAAACUCGGCCAUCUCCUUGUACACUCAAGCUACAACAGGGUCAGUACUGACUUGAUAUAGACAUUUAUCAUGGUAUUUUUUGAAAGUGGUGAGACGCUGUGGGUUGUAGAGUGAAAGUAGAAACCGUCGCAUUUUCCGACAUAGGCUGUGAUUUCUGGAACCCAAAUGUCGUCCUGGGAAGAGACAGACAGGCUGAGACAGAGCUCUCCGUGACCGAAUUGCACUGGAGGACAAUAAACCCAAAGACGUCAAGAGGAGAGCGUCGUCCUUGCAUUGCUCUUGCGUAACAGAUUACAGCAGAGCUUGACAGCCAGACGGUUGCCAUGUCGACUUCAUCGCUACGGCGACAAGUAAAGAACAUUGUCCACAACUACUCAGAGGCUGAAAUCAAGGUUAGAGAGGCCACCUCCAACGACCCAUGGGGCCCCAGCAGUUCCCUCAUGUCGGAGAUUGCCGACCUCACCUACAACGUGGUGGCUUUCUCUGAGAUCAUGAGCAUGGUGUGGAAGAGGCUCAACGACCACGGGAAGAACUGGAGACACGUAUACAAGGCCAUGACUCUCAUGGAGUAUCUGAUCAAGACAGGUUCGGAGCGGGUGGCCCAGCAGUGCCGGGAGAACAUCUACGCAGUUCAGACUCUUAAAGACUUCCAGUUCAUAGACCGAGAUGGCAAAGACCAGGGGGUGAAUGUACGUGAAAAGGCCAAGCAGCUGGUGACGCUGCUGAAGGACGAGGAGCGGCUUCGAGAGGAGAGAAUCCAUGCCCUCAAAACCAAAGAGAAGAUGGCACAGACCUCCAGUGCCUCCUCUGCUCCCUCAGCGCCAGGCCUGGGGGGCAGUCUCUCGUUGGGCUCCCACUCUGGGGGGGCCGACCCUGAGCAAGCCUGGCCGCAGAGCUCAGGGGAGGAGGACCUGCAGCUCCAGCUGGCAUUGGCCAUGAGUAAAGAAGAGGCGGAGCAGUUCGGAUUCCAGCACGUGUGUGUACGCGGAGAAAGCGAUGACGGAUUAUUUACGCCGUUGCCCACUCGGCUUUGCUCUCACCAUUUGACCCCUGACCUCCCCCAGACUAGCACGGCCCCUCUGGAGGACGCAGAGCUCCGCUAUGCACUCACACUCAGCAAGGACAUGCUACAAAAGGAGGAACGACUGCGCAGAGGUGACGACCUGAGACUGCAGAUGGCCAUCGAGGAGAGCAAGAGGGAGAAGCCAAAGCCAGAGGAGGGCGCUCUCAUGGAGCUGGGUGCUGUCGACCCCUGGGGAGCCGCCGGGGCCUCUGCCGCCGCGGCCCCCGUGGGCUCCGCGGGCCCCUCCCCUCCACACACUGUCCCUCUCCCCUCGGCCUCCGGGCCGUGGGGCGCGGCGCCCGCCGACCCCUGGGGCGCGGCCUCCCCCGCCUCUCCCCAGAGUGCAGACCCCUGGGGCGGGGCCAGCCCCCCCACGGUAGCCCCUCCUCCUCCGGACCCGUGGGGCGAGACCACCAACCACAGGGCCAACAACGUGGAUCCCUGGGGACCCACCUCAGCAGUGACCCCCCCAAGUGCCGAUCCCUGGGGCUCCCCAGUGGCCCCCAGCAAUUCUUCAUCAGGGGGGCCGAUAGACCCCUGGGCGGGGAACGGGGCCCUCCCGGCCUCUGACCUUAUCAAUUCUGACCUGUGGAGUGGCACCGCCAAACACCCUAACGGCACAGGCGACCCCGAGAGACGGGGCUCCUCGGCCACGGGGGGCGACAGCAUGGGCUCGCCGGUGCCCUUCGACCUGUCCUCCCUCGGGACCACGCUGCCGGUCCGCAAGACCCCCGAGUCGUUCCUGGGUCCCAACGCGUCGCUGGUGGACCUCGACGCACUGGUGUCAUCUAAACCCAGGGCCAAGCAGCCUCCGCCCCCCUCCAUCUCCUCCUCUUCAGCGCACAACCCUUUCCUCCAGAGUACAGGCUCGUCUCCCGCCCCCGGCAUGGCAGUGACCCCCGGCAGCACCAUCUCAAGCAGGGGCGUGUCGCCAGCACCUCCCUCCUGCUCCAACCCGUUCGGCGCCUCCAUCUCACCACAGCCGUCGUCGCUGGGCCUGAGCGGCCUCCGCUCGAGCCCCGUGCCCCCCAACCCCAUGCUAGGGAUGGGGGGCAUGGGGUCAAUGGGCUCCAUGGGCUCCAUGGGUUCUAUCGGCGUAGGCAUGGGGUCUCCGGGAAUGGGCCUGGGCAUGAUGCAGCCCAACCCCAUGGGCAUGCCCUACGGCGCUCUCUCGCCCAUGGGGGCCACAGGCCCCUCCCUUUUCCUGGGUUCUGGAGGAGGGGCGCCUCCUCAACUGAUUUUGGGGGGUCCCGGCGGAGCAGGGGGAAUGAUGGGGGCGGGGGGACCGAUGGGAGGAGGGGGAGGCACGACGGGAGCCAGCACCAACCCUUUUCUUCUUUGAGAAAGUUUCACCACAGCUCCCCCUCAUCAGUUUCCACCUCCCCCCACCUCUCUCUCCCCAUCACCUCUCCCCCCAACACACACGCACACACACACACCGUUGGUCCUCCUUCAACACAGAACAGUUUGUGUCCAAAACAGAAAUUGGUGUACAUCUAUAUAUUUAAAGAAAAGAAUCAUGUAACAAAUUAUGGUCAUUUGUUUUCCAUAGAGCGCUUUACAAUUUCUACUGAUGGAAUAUGUUCUUAUCUGGUCACUUAAUUUCGCAGUGGGUUUUCUUGGGUGGGAAAUAGACAUCUAUUUAUUUUGUUAUAAUCCUGUUUUAGUCCAUGUAUUGUUUCCGGUCCGGUCUGAGACCAGGUGGGUCUACGAUGAGUAGUGUCUUCACUAUUGUAUACUAAUACUGCACUGAUAGAGAGGGAGCAUGGCCACUAGAAAACAGAACAGAAACUAACUUUUGUCCGACUCGUCUGUCCCUCUUUUCCCUCUGAAAUGAAAAGCGUGCAAGAAGGAUGAUUUUAUAACGAACUCCUGACUGGGACUUGGACUGGGAAGAUUUUUAGCAUUUCACAAUACCAACGUUUUCACAUUUUAAUUUAAUCUUACAUUUUAAUUUAUUUCCUCCACUUUAGGGAAGACAAACACCUUGAAAAUCGAGCUCAAUGCCGUGAUGAAGCUUUUUUCAUAAUUGUUGUAGAGAUUUAAUGGACGAUCAUUUAUGAUCUGAUGGGGGAGACUGAAUGUGUAUUGAAUGUUUGCAUCAAUGUGUGAAUGAAAAAAAAAUAUGAACGCUUACGAGUAUGGAAGUACGCAACAUCGCAAGAAUCUGUUUUAGUGUCAGUGUGUCAUUCUGUCAACAUCUUUUCUAGAUUAUAUUUGUGACCCAAUAAGCCAGAUCCUGAAUGUUAAUAGUUUUGCUUGAAAAAAAAAAUCACUUCUAUCGAUCGCUAUUUAAUGUUGGGACUUAAAAUAUGGGUCACACAUUUCGCCAAUAUUAUUUCAAUCUUUCUUUGCAUUAAUCAGAAGCAUAGUUUAUUUGUGGUCACAUUUUCAUCAUGGGGUCCUUGGUGGACAGGGUCCCCAGAGCUCGGCUGUCCUUCAUCUCAUCCCUCGUUCCUGAGGGGAAGUUGUAGAUGCUUGCUUAAAAAAGACAAUUACUUCAACAAAUGAAAGAAGAAAAACAACUGGGACUUGAUGACAUGCUCCAUGCUGUUCUUUUAAUUUAGUUUGAAUUUAUUUUAUAUCAGUGAAAAGAAAAUCUUUUAUCGGGUAAGAUUUAACUAUGUGUGGUGUUGACUGUGAACAUUCACAUUUGAAAAGUAAAAUAAAAAAAAAAGAUCAAAAGAAAUUUAUCAAAUAAAAAGAAAAACACAAAGGA